AUGGGGGUUAUUAUGAAGGGAAGGCGAGGGCGACGCCGCCGGACCCCCCCCCCCAUUACCUUGGGGGCCAAAUACGACUUGUCACCACCUUGCGUCCUGGGCCCUGCCUCUCCCUCCCGGCCCCGUAAGCUGUGUCUGCGGCGCCCCCAGCCCAGCCGGGCCCGGGCGGCGCGGGAUGCCUCGGCGGGACUGGCGGCGGCGGCCACGCUGCGCGCUCCGGCAGAGGGGAGGGGGCUCGGCGGCGGCGGCGGCGGGCCCGGCUGGGGGCAGAGCCAAGAGGCGCGGCGGCGGCGGCGGCGUGAAGCCCGCGGCGCCCAGGGCGCAGGGAGUGGCCGUCGCCUCCCGCGCGCACCAUUGCUGAGAUGGCGGCGGCGGUGGCUGCGCGCCGGAGGUUCGGGGAGAAGAGGAGGAGGAGGCCGGGCGCGGGCUGAGCGCUGCCAGCCUGGGAGCUCGCGUGAGACGGUGGAGGAGAAGGAGGAGGAGGAGGAGGAGGAGGAAACAGCGCGGGCCCGGGGCGGCCUACGCGAGCGGCGAGGCCGGAGAGGCCCCCGGGCAGAGCGCGGCGCGGCGCGGCGCACGGCCGGAGGAGAGCGGGGCGCGGCGAUGGCGAACGCGAGCGAGCCGGCCGCGGGCGGCGGCGGCGAUGCGGGCGGCGGCGGCGGUGCGGGAGGCGGCGGUGCUGGCGGCGAGACUGCCGCGCUGGGCCUCAAGCUCGCCACGCUCAGCCUGCUCCUUUGCGUGAGCCUGGCGGGCAACGUGCUGUUCGCUCUGCUCAUCGUGCGGGAGCGCAGCCUGCACCGCGCCCCGUACUACCUGCUGCUCGACCUGUGCCUGGCCGACGGGCUGCGCGCGCUCGCCUGCCUCCCGGCCGUCAUGCUGGCGGCGCGGCGCGCGGCGGCCACCGCGGGGACCCCGCCGGGCGCGCUCGGCUGCAAGCUGCUCGCCUUCCUGGCCGCGCUCUUUUGCUUCCACGCCGCCUUCCUGCUGCUCGGCGUGGGCGUCACCCGCUACCUGGCCAUCGCGCACCACCGUUUCUACGCCGAGCGCCUGGCCGGGUGGCCGUGCGCCGCCAUGCUGGUGUGCGCAGCCUGGGCACUGGCCCUGGCCGCGGCCUUCCCGCCCGUGCUGGACGGCGGAGGAGGCGGAGGCGGUGACGACGACGAUGCCCCGUGCGCCCUGGAGCAGAGGCCCGACGGCGCUCCCGGCGCGCUGGGCUUCCUGCUGCUGCUGGCCGUGGUGGUGGGCGCCACGCACCUCGUCUACCUCCGCCUGCUCUUCUUCAUCCACGACCGCCGCAAGAUGAGGCCCGCUCGCCUCGUGCCCGCCGUCAGCCACGACUGGACCUUCCACGGGCCCGGGGCCACCGGCCAGGCGGCCGCCAACUGGACGGCGGGCUUCGGCCGCGGUCCGACGCCUCCAGCGCUCGUGGGUAUCCGACCGGCGGGGCCGGGCCGCGGGGCUCGCCGGCUCCUAGUGCUCGAGGAGUUCAAGACGGAGAAGAGGCUGUGCAAGAUGUUCUACGCGGUCACGCUGCUCUUCCUGCUGCUCUGGGGGCCCUACGUCGUGGCCAGCUACCUGCGCGUCUUGGUGAGGCCCGGCGCUGUCCCCCAGGCCUACCUGACGGCCUCUGUGUGGCUGACCUUCGCGCAGGCAGGCAUCAACCCUGUCGUGUGCUUCCUUUUCAACCGGGAGCUGAGGGACUGCUUCAGGGCCCAGUUCCCCUGCUGCCAGAGCCCCCAGACCACGCAGGCCAGCCUCCCCUGUGACCUGAAAGGCAUUGGUUUGUGAGGCUGCCUGCCAUCCGAGCUGCCCCCCGACCCAGCCUCAACCCUUUGGCAUGGACAUUGACCGCUUCUUCCCUUUCUGUCCGGUUUCUGAGUUUUCUACGCUGCCUUCAAAAGACUCUUGAAGUGGACACACACUUGGAUUGUACAGACGCCUGUUUUGGGGGCGGGAGCGGGGGCGGGAGGAGGGGGGGUUCAGUGUUUCAGUUUAUCCUUCUAAGUACUUUCUUCCCGGCCGUAGGCCCUGCAGUCUUUUUGUACUGGUCCUGACUUCUUCCAUGUGUGAUUUUUUUUUUUUUAAUUAAGGCUACACUAAUUUUAUUCAUGCAAAGUUUCCUAAAGACCAUGGCCAGUUUUCUACAGAAGCUAUUUUUGACAACCUCAAGUGGCAUUAUAUUUGAGUUGCGGUGGGGUAGAGAAGACCAGGGGCACCUGCGUGUUAGGAUUUCCCGAGGGUCUUCUGUUGGAGGCUGCGAAGGUGGAGUGUGGGGGGGGCGGGAGGAGUCGCCCCAAGUCUCCGUAUGAAUUUGCAGGCCCAAGGGCCAGUUGUGCUGUGCGGGUUUCUUCGCAAGUGUGCGGAACUUUUUCCAGCGUUGAUACUGAACUUGAAGAGCAGAAAUGGGAGUUGAUAGGGAGGCAGUCACUUCUGAAACAGUUACAAGAUCGCUGGUUCCUUGUUUAUACGACUAGAAAAAAAAAAAAAAAAACACUCCACAUCAGCAGCAGCUGUUCUGUAUAUCAAUCUUGAAUGGAAACAUGUCUGUAAACCUGUAACUUUUAAGAGGAUAGCAAGUGGUUUUGGAUAGUAACGGUGUGCAGAAACUACCGUGUUGCAUGUUUGUAUGUAUGGUUGUGGUCCACAGAUGGGAGGGUUCUGGAAAGUAGCAACUACGACACAGUUGUGUAGGUCUUUUUCUGCCAGUAAGAAGUUAAAAUACUUUUUUGAAAAUGACUUUUGCUCCGAGAAGCCCAGUUUUCUUCUGUCUUAUGAAACUAAUUUCCACUUUGAAGAUUGUUCUGUCGUCCGUGGUAUCAAGGAAUGGAAUACAACAAUACCUCUCCUAGGAGACAAAACAUUUCCUACAGUGUUGGUUAGGUUAGGCUGUGCUGUUCUACUGAUGGUUGUUUUAAAUUUAUUAAUAAGAACCAUGAUUUUAAAUUAUAUGCCCUUGUUAGACAUUGUCACUUGAAAUUGAAGGAUUACAUUGCAAGUACUGUACAAUAUUUUUUGCUUAAAAUGCUACAUUUUUAUUAAUGUACCUUGCGUUUUGAGGAUUUCUAUCUGUAUUUCUCUUUGCAUUACACAAAUAUACCAGUAUUUUCAUUCUGGA